AUGCUCAGGCGCGACUCGGACCUGUGGCCGGACUUUGUACUGCUCGUCGGGGAGGUCGAGGGGGAAAGCUGGAGGGAUGCUGGUGGUGAUACUACUGAGGCCGAUGCGGUAGAGGAUAUCGAAGACGUCGUCGAUGUCGAGCCGGAGCGGGAGGAGUUGAUCGCUCGGGGCGGCGAUGGUUGUCGGUUGCGAGAGGAGCGGAAGGGAAAGACUUUGGGGUAA